CCGGGUUGCAUGGUGGUGCUUCGGCUGCUUCAGCGGUUCAACAAAUGCAGAAAAGGGAGAAAAGUUUCGGUAUACAAAUGCUCUCCGUUCAGCCGGACACCAAGCCAAAAGGCUGUGCCGGCUGCAACCGGAAGAUCAAGGACCGCUACCUGCUGAAGGCCCUCGAUAAGUACUGGCACGAGGACUGCCUCAAGUGUGCCUGCUGCGACUGCAGGUUGGGCGAGGUGGGCUCCACGCUCUACACCAAAGCCAACCUCAUCCUGUGCCGGAGAGACUACCUACGGUUGUUCGGUGUAACAGGGAACUGCGCAGCUUGCAGCAAACUAAUCCCAGCCUUCGAGAUGGUCAUGAGGGCCAAGGAGAACGUCUACCACCUGGACUGCUUCGCAUGCCAGCUCUGCAAUCAGAGGUUUUGUGUGGGAGACAAGUUUUUCCUGAAGAACAACAUGAUCCUGUGCCAGACAGACUACGAGGAGGGGCUGAUGAAGGAGGGCUACGCUCCCCAGGUCCGCUGA